AUGGCAAAUAUUUUCGAUGAAAUACGGAUUAUCUUCAGAGGCCCAUCAGAAAGGUUGUUCGUGGCGUACAAACCUAUAGGAUGGCAUGUAUGCUCACCUUCCGGCAAGGCGAAGCUUCAGGAUUCCUUAUCCUCUGUUGUUGCCGCAAAGUUGCGAAUUUCCGAGGAUUCCAUUAAGUUUCCAAGCAAGCUUAGGAUUAACCAAAAGGGCCUCGUGAUAGGAACCACCGACGACCCAAUGUACUCCCAAAUUUCAAAGCUAAUUGCGGACUGCCAAUGCACGAAAACCUACACAUGUAUCACUACCUUCAGUUUAAAGGAUUUUCUAUCAAACAAUGGUAACUUGAACAUCGCUUUAGACGACUCCUCACACCCUAACUCUGUUUUAAGCGGAAAGAUUAAUUUUAAUCUGGAAAAAUACCAGAAGGCGUCACAAAGUGACCCUGACGUUAUAGUAGACUCACUACCUAACGCUAGUCCAUUUUCUUUAAACUUUAGGGUUACUAGCUUAUCCGACUACGCUUCAAAUUAUGAGCACUCAAUCAGCUGUUCGCCGGACACUCUGGCUAGUUCUGGUCGGUACUCCGUCCUGGAGGUUGAGACUAGCCAUAAACUGGUGGACAAACACCUCCACCAGAUUCUAGAAGGCCUGGGCAUCAAGGUCAUGAACGAGUACAAUAAAAGAUUAAAUGAGUACUGUAAGAUGAUGCAGCUUUCCAAAAUUAAGAUUCCUCAUCCAAUUUUGAGAGGCCGACUCAUCUCUUCUGCGGUCGAGUUUCCAAUGGCCACUUGGAUGCACCAACUGCAAUAA